AUGGAGCUGUGCUUGCAUGUGCUGGGCUUGAAGGGAAAGCAUGGAGGAGCCAAGCCCAAGGCAGAAGGAUGGAGGCGCUGGGCUUCGGAGCAGAGGCUUGGAGAGGCGCUGGGCCUUGCGCGUCGUGGGCUUGCGCUGGGCAAGCAGGCCGUGCGUGCUGGAGCUGGAGAACCGGGCCAGGCUGGAGUCGGGCCGCAUGCGCGCUGGGCUGCGUGCGCUGGGCUGGAGGCGCUGGGCUGCGUGCGCUGGGCUGGAAGGAAUGACGGGCUGCUCAUGCUGGGCUGCUCUUUUUUUCUUUUCUUUGUUCGUUGA